AUGCCAACUCUGGUGUUCACUGUGGCUCCUUCUGGGGCGACAUAUUUCCAUGAUUUGCUCACCUGCCUGGCAAAAUUUGACGAGGAUGUUUCCAUCGAGGCGACACCUCAGUUUUUUCGACUUGCGAGUCUGAAUGUUUCCAACACUGCUCAUGCGGCGUUCACCCUCAGUUCGUCCUUCUUCGCUAAAUACCACUUUUCUCCAGGCCCGCGGACCCCCACAGGGUCUGCAUUGCCAAAGAAAUGGUCCUGCAAGCUUCAAAUACGGGCGCUGCUGUCCAUCUUCAAGCGUCGCCUGGGCGACCAACGAGACAAGGACACCGCUCUGGAGACUUGCGACUGCGAGCUCCAGGCCAAUCCAGACCAGGCAGAAUGUCGACUAGUGUUUCGUUUGAAUUGCCGGCAGGGUGUCGUCAAGACAUAUCGCCUGCUCUACGAGCCCGGGGAAAUCCUCCAGGCGGCCUUUGAUAAGGUCGGGUCGACCAACUACUGGUCGAUAUCGUCACGGACACUGCGGGACAUAGUGGAAUACUUUGGCCCCAAAACCGAUCAGCUCGAUUGGUAUUUUCAGAACGGCAAAGUCACGUUUACGAGUUAUACGGAGAAGAUUCAAGCUGGAAGAGAAAUCCUCAAGCAGCCCAUGCAUACCUCUGUGGCACUGGAGCGAAAAGAUUUCAGCGACUUCAACGUUCAAGAAGGGUUACACAUUGGUACUAUGGUCAGAGACUUCCGCGCCAUCGUAACACACGCCGAGACGAUGCAUUCACAAGUGACCGCAAGGUAUUCGCGAAGCAACCGACCUCUGCAGAUCAGUUACGGCGAAAAUGGCCUCCAAGCAGAAUUCACAAUCAUGACAAGACGCUCGGCAAAUGUCCCAAGUAGCACAUCCGUUGCGACAACACCGGCUCGCGAUCUAUCCAUGCGCCCUUCGUCUCGACCUCCUGAAGCACCAACUCUCGCCUCACAAACCUCGUCGUUCAAUUCUCGCCCUCCAAGAAGUGCAGAUACCAGAAUGCCGCCUCCAGCACGCAGCUCUUUGCACAAUCGAGAUCAGCCUGCACAGACAACAUCUGAACAGGCAGAUUCAGGAGACUCUGCUCCUGGGCUUGCUGCAGCACCCGCGCCUUCCAUGAGCAUCGACCCACACAGUCUCUUCAUCCCGGCGGAUGACGACGACCACCAAUGGGACGAACCUAACUUUGAAGAGGAGCCGGACAUUGUGACGUGGGACGAAAACGCCGACAACGCUGCGUCGGCAUCAAACUCGUCGCGGCGCAUUCGCGAUUCCGACGACUUUCGCAAGUAA